AAGUGGGUUUUAAUUUCUUCAGGUUGCAGGCGAAAAUGGCGUUUGGGAAUAAUAAUAAUAAUGCAGGAGGAGGAGGUACGAUGAUGAUGAUGAUGUUGGGGCUGCUGAGGAUUAGUGUAAUAAGAGGAAUAAAUCUUGCCAAAAGGGACUCAACAAGCAGUGAUCCUUACGUUAUUGUUAAGAUGGGCAAACAGAAAUUGAAGACUCGUGUGGUGAAGAAGAGCCUAAAUCCGGAGUGGAAUGAAGAGCUUACGCUGUCUAUUACCGAUCCAAAUCUUCCCAUCAAAUUCCUAGUUUACGACAAAGAUACCUUUUUCGACGACAAAAUGGGAGAUGCAGAGCUCGACAUCAAGACAUUUAUUGAAAUAGUGAAUUUGCAAAUGAAGGAUGCGCCGGACAAAACCAUAAUCACAACGAUAAAACCACAACGCGACAAUUGCUUGUCUGAAGAAAGCUCUAUUGUAUGGGAAGACGGCAAUCUUGUCCAACAUAUGUUUCUGAGGCUUAGAAAUGUCGAAUCCGGUGAAAUAGAGCUCAAGUUGCGUUGGAUCAAUGUCCCUAGCUCGUAAUUAUAGAGCAUAGCAUAAUGCCGGCAAAUUUUAUUUAAAUUCUUCGCAUAUAAAUUACAAUGUAGAACCUUUUAUCAUUGUCAUGAAAAUUAUCGACAAUUUCAGACAUAUUUAGUUUGGGGAUUUUAUUUUGAGCUUAGUUUUCGUUUUA